CUUGAAUACAAUUCCUGUCAAAAGCCUCAACAACCCUCGUCCACGUCCACGCCCGUCCCUCAUGUUCGCGACCGCGUCCAAGUGCGAGCUGCGGUCUCCAGGCCAACGACGCCAUCAUGCCCGAAUCCGCCAUCAGUCUCGAUGUCGAUGACAUCAAGGAGUGGCGCUCAAUCGUCACUUUGAUCGUCUUCGUCUUCACCAACCUUGCUGUCCUCUUCCCCUUCGACGUGCCUGUGUACCUGCCCAGGCUGCUGGUUGAUGGCCUCUCUGGGCUUCUGCUCCGCCUGCGCGUCAUCCCGCCAAAAGACGCCCAACACGGACUGGAGGACUACGCAAUGGGCAAGCCCAAGGCCUUUACACGGCUGUUGCUGCCAAUCAACUUCCUGACUGCGCCUAUCAUAGCCGAUCUGUUUCUGCUUGCCAUUCUCGCCAUCGGCCGCGAGGAGGUGGCAGCGGGGACUAUUGGCGCCCACCACAUCAACCCCAUCGACAUUAUGGUUUUCUUCAUCACCCUGGCCUAUAUCGCCAUCUCCAUCGAUGCCUCGGGCCUGAUCAGGUAUUUGGCGUUCAAGGUCCUGCAGUGGGGUGGCAAGGCCGGUCACAAGCUGUUCUUCUACCUCUACACCUUCUUCUUCGCCCUCGGCUCAUUCAUCGGCAAUGACCCUAUUAUUCUCUCUGGCACUCCGUUCUUGGCAUAUAUGACGCGCGUGUCGAGUAACAUCGAGCAUCCGAGGGCCUGGAUUCAUACUCAAUUCGCUAUCGCUAAUGUCGCGUCCGCUAUUCUCGUCUCCUCCAACCCGACCAAUCUCGUGCUUGCUGGCGCGUUCCAGGUCAAGUUUGUCGAGUAUACGGCCAACAUGAUCGUCCCGGUUAUCUUCACAGCCAUCCUCUUGUUCCCCUGCCUCCUUUAUGGUGUUUUCCGGAAGGACAGCUUGGUGCCAAAAUCAAUCACUAUGCACGAGCUACCCGAGGACCACCAGGGCAGGAAGGCAGUCAACCCGAAUAUCCCCUUCGCCAGAGGCAACCCUGAGGAUCAGGAAGAUGAGGACAAGAAACUUCUCGAGCUGGAGGAAAUCCUGAACCCGUUCCUUGACAAGCCUAGCGCGGCGUUCGGUGCAGUCAUAAUGGCUGCCACGCUCGUCACUGUGCUGGUCCUGAACGCGGUGAGCUCAGGUGGUGAGGAGCGCCCUGUCUUUUGGGUCACACUCCCAGCAGCCUUCGUCAUGUUCUGCUGGGACGUCGCAUAUGGCUGGAUCCACCGCACCAAGACCCGCGAGAUAGCGAGAAGAGGGCGAGAGGAGGCUGAGACGGCGAGAGCAGAGCGACUACUGAGGGGCCAGGAGGCAUCCGGCAUGGAUGGGGAUCAGAAACGGCGCCUGAGCUCAAGCCAGGACACGAACUCGGCGGCAUUGAACUCUGAGGAGGCCCCAUCUCAAGACCGAGAUCGUGGCGUUGAAGGUGUGGAAAUUGCGCCGGCGGCUUCCCAACCAGGCGAGAUCAACGAGAAGCCCGAUCCACUUAAAAUGAAUCCAGGAAUGGGAAGAAACGGCGGAAACGAGCCUGUCAGUGAGAAGAAGAGCCUGGCCGCUGUCCGAGCUCACGAGGCACACCCACGCACACUUGCAUCGGCCUCGGACGAUGCGCACUACUGGUGUAGAGAGACCUUCCCUACUGCCACGACCGUCUUCUCGCUUCUCCCCUUUGCGCUUGUUCCGUUUGCCUUCGCCAUGUUCAUUCUGGUAGAGGCGCUCGUCACCAAGGGCUGGGUGCCGGUGUUCGCAUAUGGAUGGGACCACUGGGUCAACAAGACAGGAGUUGUUGGAGCGAUUGGAGGAAUGGGUUUUCUGUCUGUGAUUCUGUGCAACUUCGCGGGCACCAACAUUGGCACAACCAUCCUCUUAUCCCGGGUGAUUCAAGCGUGGGCACAAAUCCACACCGAGAAUGGCAUUCCCAUCUCCGACCGGACGUUCUGGGCCACCGUGUACGCCAUGGCACUGGGUGUCAAUUACGGGGCCUUCAGCACGGCCUUCAGUGCAUCCCUCGCCGGCAUGCUGUGGCGGGACAUUCUUGCCAGGAAGAACAUCUACGUCCGGCAGCGGGAGUUCGCCCGCAUCAACUUCCCCAUCAUUGCCAUAUCCAUGAUAAUAGGCUCUGUGAUCCUGAUUGGGGAAGUAUACAUAAUGAGGAGUGAUACCAGGCCGUACAGCCUGGGAUGACGCUUUCCGACCUUUUCAAGCAGAUACAUCACUGCUGUAUUGGUCUCGAUGCUGUCGCAUUUAGGCUUUCCCUUUGGGGAGACCCUGUACUGAUACGGGAAUACCUCCCUGGAGGAAGACGGCGUCAUUUGUUUGAUCCGAGAGGGCAGGAUACCCAACUCAACUGGACUUGCUUGAUCACGGCGUUUGGCGUUUAAAACCACAUAUAUACCAAUAGCGUCAUGCCGUGGACUUGCCAAAAAUAUGAGCAAGACAAGCUUCGCUCCGGCAGCAGAGCAACAAGGACGGACUGCAUUAAUUUGGCGCUUUGAGGAAGUCAAGGAAACGACACCGUUGGAUGCCCAGGUGCUUCCAACUCGCAGGACGAGGAGCAGACACCUUGGGGCCAGCAUUUAAGACUAUAAAUUAACUGCAUGUGACUAGAUACAUUGCUGUGAAUUUGAUUACCUGAAAUAUAUGUACUGUACUGGUACAUUUGCCCCUGAUGCCUCUUCUAUUUCAAUCACUCUAGGGUGUUUUCCAGAAGAACUUGGAACAUUCCUGGGCAGGUAGGGAUCUUGCAACCAAACCCCACGAUGUUACAUGGUUGAUCGCCGUGCCGUGACUGUGGUUUAUACGUGAAACCGCUAACCUACAUUGGUGGCUCAUGAUGAUUGUUGGACAUACCCUUAUGUAUCGAAUUUCGGCAUUGAGAUCCCAGUCUACAGGUAAUAACAGCCCACAGCCUGGCUUUGACUGCCCGAUAUGCCUGGGUGAGAGACACAUUUUUUGAAACCACUUGGAAUCCCGUUGCCG